AUGACGCUAACGUUUAAGCUCACUCCACCACAACUCAUCCUCGACGCCGUAAACCUCAUUGCCUCUUACGGACGAGCACUGCGCACCGCUACACCACAACCCACUCCUCAAAACGCCACUUCUGCCAAGAUGAGCACAUUCGGUGGAGCUGGAUUAGGACAAAAGAUCCAGAAGCCGAAUCCGCCUGAGCGCGGCUCCUUCCCCCUCGAUCACGAUGGUACGCCUACUUCAACCCGCCGAGACCCCUCGCUCUACCUUAUGGCCCAUCACAACCGCGCCGAGCACUACAAAAGUCUGACAUGUAUCAAGUCCCACCGAGGCUCCAACGACCCCGAGUGUCGUAACCUGUCCAAAUCGUACCUCUCGUGCCGCAUGGAUCGGUACGUACACACCAGCCUCUUCGUCAUAUGCCUCCAGCCCCAUCCCACACACGUCCCCAUUGGCCCGGGCUACGACGUCUUCUCGUCAAGCAAGGGAGCAGAAGAUCUUGUGAUACCGACCUGUCAGAAUCUUUCGAACCAGGUUGCUGGGAAAAACAGCAGACCUGCCUUCGAAGCAACCCCAAUCCCCACUUCCUUCUGUCACACUGCUUCGGCAGCAUCCGAGUGGAGCCCAACGCUGCCCCAAUUGCGUCUGGAGAGGCUUGUGCUGACGAUUCCCAAUAGAAACCUCAUGGCCCCUGACUCGUUCAAGAACCUUGGAUUCGGUGACGAUAGCGACACCCCAGCUGGCAAUGCAACCUCAACGCAACCAUCGCAGCCCCAGGCUCAAGUUCAAGAUAGGCCUCGCGGAUCCUAG